AAAAUAAAAAAAUAAAAUAAAAUAGGGUCCCCAGGGGCCUGCCUACAGGAUCAGCCCAGCCCAGCCCAGCCUCUUUCCAGCCUGACCAAGCCUUUCUGCCUGGUUUGUAUCCAGCUGUGACCUUGACAGCAUUGUUUCUAAUCUCAAAUUCACUCGGGUGAUUAUCUGACUAUAAUCAGUUUCCCCACCAGGCUGUGGGCCUCUGGGGUAGGAGCAGUGUCUCUCUGGGUCGCUGAUGUCCUCUAGCACCUGGCACAGAGUGGACACUUGAAAACACUGAGGAACAUCCCGAUUCCAACAAAGCCACUGUUAAUACGUUUUUAAGUUCCCCACCGGGGACUGUGGGACUGAAGGUUAGAUGAGCCUGAGGAUUUACCGUUAACAUUGUCGCACAUGAGGCUGGUGUUGUGACGAUGUUUUCAAAGUCUUUAUCUGGUGGAGAGACGUACUGAAGAAUUUAUAGGUGAAACAACAUGAUGCCUGGGAUUGCUUCAAAGGACUCCAGCCAAAAGUAAACAAAUAAAAUAAAUAAGCAUUCAGGGAGGAAACAAAGGACCAAAUGAAUGCUAUUCUGUUUGUCUGUUCCUGCUCACAGUCACAGGGCUUGCAAGGAUGCUGGCUGUCCCGGACAUGGGCCUGCAGGGGCUGUACAUCGGCUCGAGCCCCGAGCGGUCCCCCGUGCCCAGCCCGCCCGGCUCCCCAAGGACCCAGGAAAGCUGCGGCAUUGCCCCACUCACACCCUCGCAGUCUCCAAAGCCCGAGGCCCGGGCCCCCCAGCAUGCCCCCUUCUCCGUCGUGGUGGCCAUCGACUUUGGCACGACCUCCAGCGGCUACGCCUUCAGCUUUGCCAGUGAUCCUGAAGCCAUCCACAUGAUGAGGAAAUGGGAGGGCGGGGACCCAGGAGUGGCCCACCAGAAGACCCCCACCUGCCUGCUCUUGACCCCGGAGGGCGCCUUUCACAGUUUUGGCUACACCGCCCGCGAUUACUACCACGAUCUGGACCCUGAGGAGGCGCGGGACUGGCUCUACUUCGAGAAGUUCAAGAUGAAGAUCCACAGCGCCACUGUAAGGCUCAUUCUGUCCCGGGGCCGCUCCAGCCGGGGAGGCGGGGCCCGGAGUGCAAAGGGAGGGGCUCACGGAGCGGAGGUAAAAUGUGCGGAGAAGCUGAGGGGGCGGAGCUUGGGAAGUCGGUGGAGGCGGGGCUGGGGGGGUGAGGUGAGGAUUAGAGGAGAGGCGGGGCUAUCGAGAGGGGCUGGGGACAGAACUAACGUGGGAUUAGCGAGGACACUCCAGAGAGGAAGCAGCAGGAAAUGGGGUGAUUUUCAGAGAGAGGUCGUCAGGAAGUGGGGACAGAGCUAUGGCUUUCUGCAGAAUUGCCUAUGUCCCUGCCAGGACCUCACCCUGAAGACCCAGCUAGAGGCUGUAAAUGGAAAGAAAAUGCCUGCCUUGGAGGUGUUCGCCCAUGCCCUGCGCUUCUUCAAGGAGCAUGCCCUUCAGGAGCUGAGGGAGCAGUGCCCAUCGCUGCCAGAGAAGGACACAGUGCGCUGGGUGUUGACGGUGCCCGCCAUCUGGAAACAGCCUGCCAAGCAGUUCAUGCGUGAGGCUGCCUACCUGGCUGGCCUGGUGUCCAGGGAGGAUGCAGGACAACUACUCAUUGCCCUGGAGCCAGAGGCUGCCUCUGUCUACUGCCGCAAGCUGCGUCUACACCAGCUCUUAGACCUAAGCAGCCGGGCUCCAGGCGGUGGACGCCUGGGUGAGCGCCGCUCCAUCGAUUCCAGCUUCCGGCAGGCCCGCGAGCAGCUGCGCCGGUCCCGCCACAGCCGCACCUUCCUGGUGGAGUCUGGCGUCGGGGAGCUGUGGGCAGAGAUGCAAGCAGGAGACCGCUACGUGGUGGCAGACUGCGGAGGAGGCACGGUGGACCUGACCGUGCACCAGCUGGAGCAGCCACAUGGUACCCUCAAGGAGCUCUACAAGGCAUCUGGCGGCCCCUAUGGCGCGGUGGGCGUGGACCUGGCCUUUGAGCAGCUGCUGGGCCGCAUCUUCGGCGAGGACUUCAUCACCACCUUCAAAAGGCAACGGCCGGCAGCCUGGGUGGAUCUGACCAUCGCCUUCGAGGCCCGCAAACGCACAGCAGGCCCGCACCGCGCAGGGGCGCUCAACAUCUCGCUGCCUUUCUCCUUCAUUGACUUCUACCGCAAACAGCGAGGCCACAACGUGGAGACAGCCCUGCGCCGGAGCAGCGUGAACUUCGUGAAGUGGUCCUCACAGGGGAUGCUCAGGAUGUCUUGCGAGGCCAUGAACGAGCUCUUUCAGCCCACGGUCAGUGGGAUCAUCCAGCACAUAGAGGCGCUGCUGGCGCGGCCCGAGGUGCAGGGCGUGAAGCUGCUGUUCCUGGUGGGCGGCUUUGCCGAGUCGGCUGUGCUGCAGCACGCGGUGCAGACGGCGCUGGGCGCCCGCGGCCUGCGCGUGGUGGUCCCGCACGACGUGGGCCUCACCAUCCUCAAGGGCGCCGUGCUGUUCGGGCAGGCGCCGGGCGUGGUGCGCGUGCGCCGCUCUCCGCUCACCUACGGCGUGGGCGUGCUCAACCGCUUCGUGGCCGGGCGCCACCCGCCCGAGAAACUGCUGGUCCGCGACGGCCGCCGCUGGUGCACCGACGUCUUCGAGCGCUUCGUGGCCGCUGAGCAGUCGGUGGCCCUGGGCGAGGAGGUGCGGCGCAGCUACUGCCCGGCGCGGCCGGGCCAGCGGCGCGUGCUCAUCAACCUGUACUGCUGCGCCGCCGAGGACGCGCGCUUCAUCACCGACCCGGGCGUGCGCAAGUGCGGCGCGCUCAGCCUCGAGCUGGAGCCCUCCGACGGCGCGUCCCCGGGCCGCCGCGAGAUCCGCGCCGCCAUGCAGUUUGGCGACACCGAGAUUAAGGUCACCGCCGUCGACGUCAGCACCAAUCGCUCCGUGCGCGCCGCCAUCGACUUUCUUUCCAACUGAGGGCGCGAUGCCAGCCGCCCCCACCCCCGCCUUCGUGCCAGGCCCCGCCCUCUUGAGGUCGAGGGUCUGGGGCGCCAGCUCGCGUGGACAGUCCGGUCGCUGGUUCUGAAGUCAGCGCCUCUUCCCCCGCCCUCCUGUCCGGGGAGAUGAGGUCGCAGGAUGGGUGGGGACAGACUCUCGCUUUGGAAUUGGGCCCAGGUCGGCUGACUGGAAGGCUGAAGAGCCCUGCCAAGGGCUGAGAUCAAGGAGUCAGAAGAGGUUUGUAAGACGGUGCGCCCAGAGGGGGCACGUGACCCCAAAGACAGAAUGCACCAAAAGACCAAGCCCUACCCUGAACUGGGGAGUUGGGGGGGGGUGGAGGGGUGGGAGGUGGACGCAGCUGGGAGAGGCGGAGCAGGGCCCCUGCAGGAGGGGCAGCAGGAGGACGGGGGAUGUACAGGGCGCUGGGCCGAGAAGCCCUAUGGUGCAGAAAAAUGGCUGGAGGCUGGCACAGGUAGCACAGGGGUAUAGGACCUUCCCGGGUGUUGUACUGACCAUCCAAGUAUGACUGUUAGUUUUUAAACUUUCUCAAUUAACAGGCUAAAGAGGAGGAUGCAGCAUGCAGGCACUUAGGAUGUGGGGGGGAGUUGCUGGGGGGCCUUCCUUCAGGACAGAUAAUUCAUCUGAGAAGGCCCAAGGGCAGACCAUGAAUGACCCACUUGCACCCUAUCCCAGCCACCAAAGGGCAGUGGGGGUUGGGGAGCUAUCGGGCGACAGAAGGAGAACUAAGGGCUGAUCCGGGCUCUGCCAUCAACUCAAUGUGUCAUUGGGACAUCCCCUGCCCACUGCCCCACCUUCCUGAGAACCCUAAGGUGACAAUAAAGCAUUUAUGCUUAAGGUGAAGGUAUAGCCCGCUGGUACCUCACAAAAGGAGACCCCAAUAGAGUAGUGGAGGGGGGCUGGGUUCAAAAAAGGGAGAGUGCUUUCGGCUGCAGAGCUGGGAACUGACCAGAAGGAGGUGCUGCUCUCUCUCUGUCAAACACCCCAAACAACUUCUCACUCCCUAAGACUUCUGUCUGGCCUCCCUCCCCAUCCGAACUCUAGUCAACUAUUCCCAGGCCUAAAAUACCAAUUGUGCAUACUUUUUUGAGGGCUAGGUGCUAGAAUACCACGGAGUGCCCUCGCCUCCUAAAAGAAUGAUACAGCCCAAAUUGUUCCUUAGCCCAUCUGCGGAGGAUUGGGCGAUCUCAGAGCCCUGGAGAACAAACACUGGCUGGCCUCUGGUAUCCACUGAAAGUUUUAUUUCUUUAGGGUUUUAUCCCAACCAGUCCUUUAAAAACCAAGUAACACAGACCUGGGGGUUAGGGCCUGGGGACUGUGCCUCCCUCCUACUGAGCGCAGACAGCAGUAAGAAAGAGGGAGGGGGCACAGGACGGCAAAAGCCAGACAGCAGCAGCAGUAAUGGGAGUGACAACAAUGUCAUCACAGAGCCAGCUCCCUCCUCUCCCAAGCCCUGGUAGAGCCCCUAUGGCUUGGGGUGGGGGGAGGGCAGAACCCACCCCAGGCCUCCCCCUCCCCUCCUCAGAUAGCCUCCCUGGGGGCUCAACCCAUUUCUUCCAGCAGGAGACUGAGGCACACGGAGAGGAGGAAGUGGGAGAGGAGGACGCAGGAGAGGCAGGGAGGUGGCACAAUGAAGGCAGAGGUGAGAGGCCCCUGGACACCCCACCCCCACCCCCACCCCAGGGAGGGGUGAGGAAGCCACACCAUCAAACAGCAUUCGGGGAGAUGAGGUGGGGUUUAAGGCUGUGGGGCCCCAAGGCGCGCGGGGCCGCAGGCCUCAGUCAAAGCCGUGCCAGUCGCUGUGCUCUGAGUCGUAUUCUAGCUCAGCACCCACGCACUUGACCCCAUCAAGCAGCAUGGGUGUGCCGUGGUGUCGGUCUGCAAGGCAGGUGACAAAUCAGGUGGCCAGGCUAGCCCCUGGCCCCAGCCAUGCUUAGGAGACACCCCCCCAUACCCCCAUCCACCUUCCCUCUGGGGUCUGCUAGGGGGGUGGGGAGAAAGGCACCUGGGAACCCCGGGCCAGGGCAAGGACCCCUUUUUCAGACAGGGAGGGCAGAAACCCCUUGCAGCCCAGCUGGCACCUCCCUCCUCUAGCCAGACCCAAGGCUCACACGCUCACCCAUGACACGCGCCUGCACUGUCACUCGCACGCAGGUGCCGGUGCCCCCUUCACAGGCUAGCAGCAUCUCCUCCUUGAGGACGCCCUCCUUGUGCGCUGAGUACUCACACUUGACGCUGUAACCUGCCCAGGUCAUCAGCACCUCCGUGGUCUCUCCCACCCCACCCCACCCACCACUCACUGGCCUCAACCUGCCACCAGGACUGGCCACCUCCUCCAAAGGACGAAAGAUGGCCCAGGACCUAUCCCUCCAAGGGCUGGGCAAACAGGCCUUGGAAACUUCCCACUCUUCACUGAGCUCUACGUGCCUCCAGACUGUGGACAACCCCAUGAGGGCUCCAAGUGUCAAACUCAGGUUUCCAGGAAGGCCCGCUGAUUCCCCAAAAAGGCAGGCAGGGAGAGGGGGUGAUGGGGAAGAGGGACAGGGCAACCUCUCAGCAGAUCAGGUGGCAAGAGGGAAAGGCCUGAGGGAGCUCGCCCAAUCCACUUAAGGGCAAGGUCAUGAAGAGGAAGUAGGUGGACAUAAAACUGAAGCUGGGGUGUCAGCGUACUAUGAAACUGACACUCUAGCCUCGGGGGGGGGGCAGGGGAGGGCCUAAAGCUGGCAGGGGAGGGAGAAGCAGCCCCAAGUCCAAAGCCUGUCACUGGCGGGUGCUAGGAGGUAGCUGCCCAGGAUUCCUGGAGCUCUGGCAGAUUUGUCUUAAGGGGCAGGCAGGAGGGAGAGCUGGCGGCCCAGAGCCAGCUCCUCACUGAGGGAAAUCUCAGGUGACGCACAGGCCCAGGCCAAUAGAGUGAGCCCACGGACCUCUGCCCAGGAGCAAGGCCUGGGCUAUGGGACCUGCCAGAAAGCCACACUGCAAGCCCAUAAAGGGGCCUCAUGUCCCCCAACUGCUGAAUUGCCCAUCCACCCUGGAAGGGGGGAGGGGAGGAAGCACCCCAUGCUCUCACUCCCUCCCACUCACAUCCAGGCCCUGCUGGAGGAGGACAGGCCUCCAGCACCCUGAGCAGGGGACACACCUUCUGGGAUGGACGUGACGCUGAGGAGCUUGAGGUGUAGGCUGGGGACUGGUGCUUCUCGGACAUCCUUGCUCAGCCUGAGCACUGGGGGCAGAGUGAAGGUAAUCUCGUACCUGUGCAGGAUCUUCAGGAAGCCAACCUGUAGCAGGAAGAAGGGGGGAGAGAGGGAAGCACCUUCACACCCAGCCUCCCCCAGGGCCUGGCAGCUCCUGGCACCUAGGAUCCUGUGGGCCCCUGCACCCGCUGCUUUAGGGAUCCUGGCCGGGGGGGGGGUGUCUAACUCCCUCCAGCACUCCAGCUUGUCCGCACCCCAAGCCCAGUGGCUCUAGGCCCUUUGCCUCGGCAUCGGUUUCACGGUCCCCACAGUAAAUGGUGGCCCAUUUUAUAGACAAGGAAAUGGAAGCCAGACAAUGGCUGGCUGGAGACCACAUAGUGUGGCCAGGGUAAAGCUCUCCAGAGGUCUCUUGGCCACUCCUGCCACACGUGGCACAUAGCAAGCACCUGCCAUUGCCCACAAGGGAAAGCUCAAAGUCCCACAAGACAGGCCAUUCACCUCUCCCACCCCUGCCAGCACCUGCCCAGAGCCACUAGCCUGGGGUCAGGGACACUGGUCCUCUGGUCACUCAUGUGGAGACAAUGGGCAACACAGAUCGCACGGGAUAAAGGAGAUAGAAUUAGAAAAACAGACACUCGACCAGUAGUGUCGGUCUAGAGCUGGCCCACCGGCACCGGCCAGUGAACCCUGCUGGCACCUGAACAUGCCUGGCUGCCCGCCCACUCAAAGGCUCAGUGUGCCCAAAGCCCCAACUCCUAGCCCGAGCCAUUUCUGUGAUUUGUACAUAGUGAGUGGCAACCAGUGCCCCCGGAACAGAUGCCAACCUUGGUAAGUCCCACUGUGUGAAGGGACACAAGCUGGGGAGGCUGCUGAACGGGCAGCAGCAGCUGUUGUCGGGGCGACACUGAUAACAGCAGCUCGGUUCCACUUGUUUGAGUAACAUUCUAAAGGCACUCAUGUCAUUGCAAUCUCGCCACCUCCCAUUUUACAGACAGGGAAACCAAGGCCCAGGGAGGGACAAACAUGUGCCUCGGAAGCCAGCUUAGAGUGCGGUCCGAGAGGCGCGGAGGUGCGUGCUGUUCCAACUCAUGUGCACACACACUGGUGUGCUCACACCUGCGAGGGCCGGACAGUCCUGCCCCUGAGGCUUGUUAGGACUGGCUGCACGAAGCAGUUAGCUCUUCAGUGGGACAGACACGUCACUGCAUGAUAAAGGUCAGUCCGUGGGGCUCCCACACUCUGCAGGUGGAGGACACACUCCUCAAGAGGGCUUCCUGGCUAUCCUGCCAAUGGUGACCCUGUGGCCCAGCUGCACCAACUGCGGAAUUUUCCAGGGGAAAUCUCAGAGAUGCGCAAAAAACACUCAUCGCUGCCCUAUAUAUAACAGUAAAAAAUAGAAACUUUCAUAAUACCAGGAUAGGGAACCGGCUAAAUCAAUGAUGAUACAUUUAAUUGAACAUCAGGCAGUUGGAAAAUCUUGGGGAAAAUUAUUUACCGAUAUAGACAGGAGAUGGUUAACAACAUAAGCAAGCAAAAAACAGUGUGUCUGCUGUGAUACCAGCUUUUUGUUUUUUGGAAAUGAAGCAAAAAAAAAAAAAAAAAA